ACAUCUCCGGUGCAACAUGUUUCCUUUUUCUCUUCUUUCUCCCUUCUUCACAACCCAUAAAUCUUUCCUUUCUCCCGGCGAUCUUGCUCCCUCUCCGACCGCCACUGUCGCAAGAAAGUCUUCCCUUCUCUCACUCUCUCAGCUCGUUACCCACCAAGAGAGUCUCCGUGAGUAUUGAACAAGUUAGAUUAUAUGAGUAUGGAUGGUCAUAUUACUAAAGAGUUUGGGCUGAAGAAUGUAAGCUCACACGGAUCCAUCCCAGAGAUGGAUGACUAUGAUCUUUCAAAGCUUCUUGACAAGCCCAGGCUGAAUAUAGAGCGGCAGAGAUCCUUCGAUGAGAGGUCACUCAGUGAAAUGUCGAUUGGCCUAGCUAGAGGUUUAGAUAAUUAUGAAUUGUCGUAUUCACCCAGCAGGUCAGGGUUGGACACCCCAGCUUCAUCCACCAGGAACUCGUUUGAACCUCAUCCAAUGGUUGCCGAGGCAUGGGAUUCUCUACGCCGGUCUUUGGUUUAUUUCAGGGGCCAGCCAGUGGGAACAAUUGCUGCCAAUGAGCAUGGUUCUGAAGAGGUCCUCAAUUAUGAUCAGGUGUUUGUUCGUGAUUUUGUACCAAGUGCACUGGCCUUCCUAAUGAAUGGUGAGCCUGAAAUAGUUAAGAAUUUCCUGCUGAAAACACUUUUGCUUCAAGGUUGGGAAAAGAAAGUAGACAGAUUCAAGCUAGGUGAAGGGGUUAUGCCUGCCAGUUUCAAAGUUCUUCAUGAUCCGGUUCGUAAGGUCGAUACCGUCAUAGCUGACUUUGGUGAGAGUGCAAUUGGAAGGGUAGCUCCAGUUGACUCUGGGUUUUGGUGGAUUAUUCUUCUCCGUGCGUACACAAAAUCUACUGGAGAUACAACUCUUGCUGAAAGACCAGAGUGCCAAAAGGGAAUGAGGCUAAUACUUACACUGUGCUUGUCAGAAGGAUUUGAUACAUUUCCUACAUUGCUUUGUGCUGAUGGAUGCUCAAUGAUUGAUAGAAGAAUGGGAGUUUAUGGCUAUCCUAUUGAAAUCCAAGCUCUCUUCUUCAUGGCAUUGAGAUGUGCUUUGGCAAUGUUAAAGCAUGAUGCAGAAGGGAAAGAAUGUAUCGAGAGAAUAGUAAAACGGCUACAUGCAUUGAGUUACCACAUGAGGAGUUAUUUCUGGCUUGACUUCCAACAACUAAAUGACAUAUACCGUUUCAAGACCGAAGAAUAUUCACACACUGCGGUUAACAAGUUCAAUGUUAUCCCGGACUCAAUCCCGGAUUGGGUGUUUGAUUUCGUGCCCACACGCGGCGGUUACUUUGUUGGGAAUGUCAGCCCUGCAAGGAUGGAUUUUAGAUGGUUCGCAUUGGGAAACUGUGUUGCCAUAUUGGCAUCUCUUGCCACUCCAGAGCAAGCCACUGCGAUCAUGGACCUCAUUGAAGCACGCUGGGAGGAGCUCGUCGGGGAAAUGCCUUUGAAAAUCUGUUAUCCCGCGAUUGAAAAUCAUGAGUGGCGAAUAGUCACUGGUUGUGAUCCUAAAAACACUAGAUGGAGUUACCAUAACGGAGGGUCUUGGCCAGUGCUCUUGUGGCUGGUCACUGCGGCCUGCAUCAAAACAGGACGCCCUCAAAUUGCAAAGCGGGCCAUUGAUCUAGCCGAGAGCCGCUUGCUCAAAGAUGGGUGGCCCGAAUACUAUGACGGGAAACUUGGAAGGUAUAUUGGGAAACAAGCCAGGAAGCACCAGACGUGGUCGAUUGCAGGAUAUCUGGUGGCAAAGAUGAUGCUAGAAGACCCUUCACACUUGGGGAUGAUAUCCUUGGAGGAGGACAAACAAAUGAAGCCUGUAAUGAAGAGGUCAUCCUCCUGGACUUGUUAAAAAAACCCAGACAUGAGGUUUAUUUACAAGACCAUUAUCAUUCAUUAGUGGGUACUAUUUUAAAUUUUUUAUUUUUUUAAUGUCUGUAGUCCUUUCUUCUUUUUGUAAGAUUUUGAUUUUCAAAAUCAUGACCCUUGAUUGGUGGAUGGUGUUCUGUUUUCUUUGGUGGAAAUUUAAGUGCAUUUUCCACUGGUUUAGACUUUGGACACUAUAUUACCAAGUCUAUUUGUUGUUAAAAAUGUACUGUAGUGAUAUUUGGUGUCUUCUGGUUCAUUGUUCUGACAACCCUUGUUUCCUCCCAUUUUUAUGCUUCUCAAGGAGCAAUAAAUUUCUCUGCUUCCA